AUGUCUUAUCGACACAUGAUUGACGACAUCACUCCUGGCUCGUCCGAAUUACAAAAAAUCGGAAAACAUAAAAGCCAAAGUCAAAAAAACGUUUUUUCAAAUUUUACGGGCAAAAAUCCAGACUUGGCGAAAAAUUUCGUUAAAGGGAAUCGCGUUGCUGUGGAGGCUUUGUGGGCAGACGUUGCUAAAAUGCUAACUAGCGAAGGUCCACAGCGAACAGAUGUUAACGGCUGGAAAAAAGUAUGGUCCGAUUGGAAAGGCUGCAUCCGGAAGAAAAUCGCGCACAACAAAUGCGAAAGCAGAGCUACUGGAAGAGGGCAAUUCAACAAAUUUUCGCUAACCCCCAGUGAGGAAGAAGUAGCUCAAAUUUGUGGAAUAUAUACGGCCGUGGAAGGCAUCGCAAUUAGCUCUUCAUUUGGGGUUAACGUUAAUUCUGUUGAUGUCGCCAGCGAUUCGUUGGAUGCCAUUCUUUCAUGUACUGAUGAAAUUGCUAGCGGCGGACCAAAGUCCACACCACUAAAACGACGACAUGAAGACACUGUGCAAGAUUGCCUCAAAAAGCACACGGCAACAGAAGCAGGUGCAGUUGAAAAGAUAUCUGAUACCUUGCAGUUUCUUUUUGCAAAUAUGGAUAAAUUGACCAAAUUAGUGGCGCAACAAAACGAGCUCAUUGCCGAACAAAACCAAGAUCGUCGCAAGUAUUAUCUGGAUAAGCAAGAAAGCUUGAUCAAUAAAAAUGUAAUUAAGCAGAAGAUGCUAGAAAUCGAAGAAAUUCGAGUCCAAAGGGAUAUUUAUUUCAAACCAAAUACUAAAAAUAUCGAAUAA